GGCGGAGGGCGCGCCGGGAUGGGCCCCAAGCGGCGGCAGCUGACGUUCCGGGAGAAGUCGCGGAUCAUCCAGGAGGUGGAGGAGAACCCGGACCUCCGCAAGGGCGAGAUCGCGCGGCGCUUCAACAUCCCGCCGUCCACGCUGAGCACCAUCCUGAAGAACAAGCGCGCCAUCCUGGCGUCGGAGCGCAAGUACGGGGUGGCCUCCACCUGCCGCAAGACCAACAAGCUGUCCCCCUACGACAAGCUGGAGGGGCUGCUCAUCGCCUGGUUCCAGCAGAUCCGCGCCGCCGGCCUGCCAGUCAAGGGCAUCAUCCUCAAAGAGAAGGCGCUGCGGAUCGCUGAGGAGCUGGGCAUGGACGACUUCACUGCCUCCAACGGAUGGCUGGAUCGCUUCCGCCGGCGCCACGGUGUGGUGUCCUGUAGCGGCGUGACCCGCGCCCGGGCGCGAAGCGCGGCCCCGAGGGCUCCAGCCGCACCUGCCAGCCCAGCCGCCGUGCCCUCCGAGGGCAGCGGUGGGAGCACGCCCGGCUGGCGCGAGCGGGAGGAGCAGCCGCCGUCGGUGGCUGAGGGCUACGCCUCGCAGGACGUGUUCAGCGCCACCGAGACCAGUCUGUGGUACGACUUUCUCCCGGACCAGGCCGCCGGGCUGUGUGGAGGUGAUGGAAGGGCGCGCCAAGCCACCCAGCGCCUUAGCGUUCUGCUGUGCGCCAACGCUGACGGCAGCGAGAAGCUGCCCCCGCUGGUGGCGGGCAAGUCUGCCAAGCCCCGUGCGGGCCAAGGUGGCUUGCCCUGCGACUACACCGCCAACUCUAAGGGUGGUGUCACCACCCAGGCCCUGGCCAAGUACUUGAAAGCCCUGGACGCCCGGAUGGCUGCUGAGUCUCGUAGGGUCCUGCUGCUGGCCGGCCGUUUGGCCGCCCAGUCCUUGGACACCUCAGGCCUGCGGCACGUGCAGUUGGCCUUCUUCCCCCCAGGCACUGUACAUCCAUUGGAGCGGGGAGUGGUACAACAGGUGAAGGGCCACUACCGCCAGGCUAUGCUGCUUAAGGCCAUGGCGGCCCUGGAGGGCCAGGAUCGCUCAGGCCUGCAGCUAGGCCUGGUGGAGGCCCUGCACUUUGUAGCUGCGGCCUGGCAGGCAGUGGAGCCUUCCGACAUAGCCGCCUGUUUUCGGGAGGCUGGUUUUGGGGGUGGCCCUAAUGCCACCAUCACCACUUCCCUCAAGAGUGAGGGAGAGGAAGAGGAGGAGGAGGAAGAAGAGGAGGAAGAAGAGGAGGGUGAAGGGGAAGAGGAGGAAGAGGAGGAGGAAGAAGAAGGGGAGGAGGAAGAGGGAGGGGAAGGAGAGGAGCUGGGAGAGGAAGAGGAGGUAGAAGAAGAGGGUGAGGUUGAUGACAGUGAUGAAGAAGAGGAGGAGGAAGAGAGCUCCUCUGAGGGUUUAGAGGCUGAGGACUGGGCCCAGGGAGUAGUGGAGGCCAGUGGCAGCUUUGGAGGUUACAGUGCCCAGGAAGAGGCCCAAUACCCUACCCUCCAUUUUCUGGAAGGUGGGGAAGACUCUGACUCAGACAGUGAUGAAGAGGAAGAAGAUGAAGAGGAGGAUGAGGAAGAUGAAGAUGAUGAGGAUGAUGAUGAGGAUAGUGAUGAGGUACCUGUACCCAGUUUUGGAGAGGCAAUGGCCUACUUUGCCAUGGUCAAGAGGUAUCUGACCUCAUUCCCCAUUGACGACCGGGUGCAGAGCCACAUUCUUCAUUUGGAACAUGAUCUGGUCCAUGUGACUAGAAAGAACCAUGCCAGGCAGGCAGGAGUUCGGGGUCUCGGACACCAAAGCUGAGCCUCUGGGCAUAGCUGUGUUCUAAUUCAGAUGGGCAGUACCAGUCCAAGGUAGAGAACUCUGGGUAGUUGCUAGAGAUGGCCGGGGGAGCCCCAGGGCCUUUAAUAAUGCUUCCCCUAGCCCUGAGGUAGGCCCAGGGAUUGAGAUCUGCCUCACUGCCUGCUACUGCCUCUUUCUCAGAAUCUUCUUUCCUCCCCAUUAGUCCCUGGGCUCAGGGCACCGGGUAGGUGGGGAGCUGUCUGGUGCUACCACAGUGUGCCAUCAGUGGACUAGACCACAGCAGCAGCCAGGGAUGGAUUCUGGAAGCCCCUGGCCGGAGAGUGCCUCUUCCCCUACCAUCUAACCAGGUCUUUGGUGGGGGGGACCCCAAAGCCAUUCUGAAAAGGGCUGCAGAAGGUCCAGCCUGGGCCCCCACAAGAUUGGCAGCCCCCUUCCUGCACCCUAGGCUGCCUCAAGAAGCACAGUCUAUCUUAGGACAGGCACCUGAGCCUGUCACUGCCUGCUUUCCACCUCCCUAAUUCCUUUCUCUGGCCCAGUCUUUGUGACUUUGGCCCUUGAUUUUCUUUCCAGAUUGGAGGUUUCCGAGAGGCCCUCCAGGGGAGUAACAAUGGGCACAUCCGUUAUGGGCAGCUGCAGGCCUUGUGCCUCAUCCCUCUCUGGAAGGCCCUAAUCCUGGGCAGAGGGACCUGGGGCUGGGCCCAGAGUCCAGCCAUCCAGCUACUUCUUUCCCAGUUUGAAUUCAAUAAAUAUGUCCAUUCCCCUUUUGUGGGAGUGACUUUUAACAGCCAA